AUGGCCAGCCCCGAGCCCCUGGCCGAUUGGCUGGACAGCAGCCUGACGGACGAGCUGCUCGCGUCGGUGGACCUCGGUGGGCCGCUGUCAGCCGAUGAGAACAACCUGCUUUUCUCACUGUUCAACGAUUCGGGUGGCGCCUGCGCAUCCUCGUUUGCUGCUCUGGAGGAUGAUAUGUUUGAAAACGUCGAUGACAAGAAGGUAGUUUUGGUGUCAGCUGCAGCUGCCGGUCUCAGGGGCCCACAGGGCAAGCUGAAGCAUGCAUUCAGCACAGGGGACCUGCAGGCUCUCUCCCCUUCAUCCCCCACCGAUGACACAACCCUGGUUCCCACACCCAGCCUGGAGAGCGUCCCCGAGUGCUCUGCUUUCAACCCAGGCCCCAUGCAAGCGCCAGGGGCCUCCCCCUCCUCCCCACCAGCACCCGCACCCCUCAACCUCACUGACCUCUCCACCGACGACCUCGAGCGGGAGCUGUCUCGACGGAGGGCCGGAGUGAAGUCUGAGUCCAGUGAGUCGGACACCCCCACCUCGCCAGCGGUGCCGGCAGGAUCGGCGGGCGCCGUGCACCCUGUGUAUGUGCCGGCGCCCAGUCCCUUGCACCCGGCUGGGUUUGCGGGCAUGUACAUGGGCCCCCCAGGGCUCCCUCAGGGCCCUGCAGGAAUGCACCCUGGGGCCAUGGUGCCUGCCACGGCGAUGGGCACCCUGGGCACGAUUGCAAGGGGGCCGAUACCGGCUGUGGCAAUGGCACAGAUGCAGCCUGCCAUGCCUUGCCAUCCCAGCAUGGCUAAGGCCAUGGCACCUGGAGGGUUCUUUGUGCAAGACAGUAGCUUCAUGAUGAGUGGGAUGCCCACACAGCAAGGCGUGUUGCAGACAGUGGCGCAGCAACAGCCAAGCAGUUCAUCGACUGCAGUGUCAAUGCCAAUGUCAGGGCUGCCUUCAAUACUGCAGCAUACGUUCCUCUCGCAGCCCAUGUCAUCGACACCAUCAUCAGGUGUCUUCCCCAUGCCCCCACCUGGCACAGCACCAACAGGAGACGAGUCCCCCUCUCGGGUGCUCCGCAAGUCGCAGAGCACACCUGUGCUCUCCAGCCUGAAUGCUGCUGUCGCUGCUGCCGGGGCUGAGGCAUCUGGUGAUGCACAGAAGAUAGGGCGUCUCACAGUGGAGGAGCGGCGGCGGAAAGUGCUUAGGUACAGGCAGAAGCGGCAUGAGAGGAAGUUUGAGAAGAGGGUGACCUACCAGUGCCGCAAGACGCUUGCAGACAGCCGGCCACGGGUGCGCGGCCGUUUUGCACGAAAUGAUGACUCUAAUGCUGUGAUGCCGCACCAAACCAAGAAGGCUCUUGCCACAGUGAAGAGCGGCGAGGGGGGGGGAGGGCUGGACGAGAUCAUGGACAUCCAAAUGGAUUGCCAGCGCGAGGGUUUGGGGAUGAGGCAGGUGACCCCCCCUGCAUUCCUUGACUGCUGGAGAGCGUGUUAG